AUGCUUCUUCUCCCUGGGUGUACGACCGGCGAACGCGAUUCGGCAAUUCAGACAAUACCGCAAGAAGACCUGGAAUUGAUGAAGAAAGAAUUUAUGGACACGUUCGACGAGAACGCGGACAAUCGGAUUGAGCUGUCUGAGAUGGCAAAAAUUCUCCCCACAGAAGAAAACUUUCUUCUACUGUUUCACCGGGAUAAUCAUCUGGAAUCAAGUGUUGAAUUUAUGAAGGUCUGGAAACGGUUUGAUAAAGAUCGUAGUGGAUACAUUGAAGCGGACGAACUGAAAGAUUUUUUACGUCAUUUGCUCAAAGUUGCCAAACCCAACGACCAGAUAGACGAACAUAAACUGAUUGAGUAUACUUCGUCCAUCCUCGAGCUGUUUGAUCAGAACAAAGAUGGUAAACUGCAACUGAGCGAAAUGGCCAGACUGCUCCCGGUCAAAGAAAACUAUCUUUGUCGUCCAAUAUUCAAGAACGCCUCAAAGAUAACCAGCACAGAUAUCGAUCGGGCAUUUGCUUUAUACGAUCUGGAUGGAAACAACACGAUUGAGGAUGAGGAGCUCGCAGGUUUCUUGAAGGAUCUACUGGAGUUGGCUCAGGAGGACUAUGACGAGAAGGACCUGGAAUUUUUCAAACGUGUUAUCUUGAAUCAGUGGGAUGUGAAUAAUGACGGAAAAAUUAAUCGGGAAGAACUGAAAAUGAUGCUGAUGCAACAAUCUCGACUGAUGCACGAGAUGCAAUCUCGUGGUUAA